AUGAGCGCGGCCCCGGGCACUUCCCGCGCUCCCCAGCCGCUGCUCCGCUUCCCCGACGGGGCGGGCGGGCCGGGCGGCGGGCGGGCUGCGGGCGGGGGCGGCGCCCCGGGGCCGUGCCCCUGUCCCUGUCCGGGGGGGCCGCGGAAGCGGCGGCGGACCACGUUCAGCCGGGGGCAGCUAUCGGAGCUGGAGCGGGCCUUCGCCGCCGUGCCCUACCCGGACAUCGCAACUCGAGAGCGCCUGGCCGAGCUCACCCAGCUGCCCGAGGCCAAGAUCCAGGUCUGGUUCCAGAACCGCCGCGCCCGCAGGAUCCGUAGCGCCAAGCCGGAGCCGCCACCGCUACCGCCGCUGCCGCCGCCCGGGGAGCGGGGUCCCCCCGCGGCACCUCCCGACGGCAGCAUCCCGUGCCCGGCCCCUGCCGUGCCGCCGCCACGAUCCCACAGCCCCGCUCGGGGCCUCCCCACCUCGCUGGGCUCCAUCUCCGACCUCAUCUACAGCGCGGCCAUCACCAACCUGGGCGAGCCAUAGCCGUGGCAAGGACCCCUGGUUUCUAGGGACCCUCCUGGCACCGUGGCCCCCCGGAUUAGCGCCACGAUUUCAUUAGGGUGUGGAAUUACUGCCGGUCCCAAAGGCUCCGAGGAUGUCAUCCAAUAUCCUAAAUGCCGGUGUGGCCACAGCAGGGGCAGCUCCCCAUCAGCUCCCUAAUACCGACUAAUCUUUUGGAAAAAAUACCUUAAUCUGAGGCCGUGUCCAGGGAUGAUUGUGGCGCAGCCGCCCCUAAUCCGCAGGCACGUUCGCAGGUGCCAGCAGAUCUCCCUGGAUCAGAUAUUAAACCGUGUUUCCAGGGGGGCUUAGCUGCCAUCAGAGCAUUAAUCACUGUGUCUGGCCCUGGCAGAGUGCCCACCUGGCAGGUGUCCGGGUCCCCAGGGCCCGCUGUGGGUGUCCCUUCCCCGCUGUGGGUGCACCGACCUGGCUCUGCUCUCUGUCCCACGGCACCUGAGAAACCCCUGGGCUCAGUGUUGAGGGGUGCUCCCUCUCUACCUCCAGAAUCUGGGCACCCUUUGGCAGGCACAGGAAGGUUUGGACAGGAGAUUCAGAGGGAGAGGGAAGAUUCACAUCUCUGCGGUGUCUUAGAUGCCACAUCAAUGUUUUUGCUACCAACAGACAUCUCCCAACACGCAGGAACACACAGUGUUAUUUAUUCCCAGAAGAAAAGGACAGGAAUUUCCCAGAACAGGGAUGGCAGGAGUUGAUGCCUCUCUCCCUGCUGGGGUGGUUGCAGUCCACAGCCAUUCCCUCUCCUGUUCUGCAGCUCUGGGAUUUCCAACCCAUGAUUCAUUUCAGGAGCGGGAAGCAAAGAACGAGCCUGAGGAGUGCAGCAGUCUUUCCACAGCAGGAACAGGCACAGACAGAACAAGAUCUGCCCCAAAUUAGCAGCUCCUGGGGAGGACAAAAUCCUCCAGCAUGAAGCCUGCAGUCCAUGGUCACAGUUUCCCAAGAUCCCCUUCGAGGGUCCGCACCAUCACGUACAGCUCGGCCAAACCCACCACCGAGGCCACAAUGACAGCUGACAGGACACGCUGGGGACACAAAAGAGACAGAGGUGACCCUGGGUGUCCAGCCUGGCCAGCACAGAGGGGCUGCCAGGGGCUGGCCUGCUCACCGCCGCUGUCUCUGCGAAGACGUACUGGCUGCCCAGGUAGGUGCAGGCAAAGGCGGCCACCACGGUGACAAUGAAGUUGAAGAUGGUGAUGACAACGGCUUUCACGGAGCGAACUGGGGACACAGGGGUGAAGGAGCUGAUUUUAGGUAAGGCUGGGGAGUAGGGCUGGACACAAGGUGUAAUGCACAGCUGCCUCAGCUGGGAGAUGUAAUCCUGGGGGAGUCACACCCUUGGUGCCUCCAGAAGUAUUGGUAAGAAUGACCAAGAGGCUCCUUUAUUCAAGGAACACUUCAGUGCAUGAAAACUUCCUGGUGAGAUAUUCCGAGAGGGAAGGGUUGUCACCAGCUGGAGAUGGAACAGUUCCCAUGCCUGACCUGCCACAUGUCAACAGGACAGGGAGUCACUCACCUUGCCUCCCAAAUUCAGCCAACGGCCCGUUCAUAUCCUGAAAGAAGGGAUUGAAACAGCUUGUGAUCACUUGUAUGUUCAUGUUAAUAGUAAUGUUAUUACUCUGUGUGCAGAAUAAAAACAAUGCCAA